GCUCCCAGCCCGAAUCUCAAUUUUUGACAUCUCAUGCCUAACCUUUAUGAAUUGCUUCGCUAUACUUUUUUGUGCGCUGUCAGCGUGUCUUCUGUCCACUGGCAUUGUCUUAGCAGUACAACCCCAGGCAACUAGACUCGAAACAAUAUCUGGUGUGGGAACCGAAGAGUCAUCAGUCUAUACUGCCGCCAAAAUCAGCGUUGCGCGUACGAACGACGCAACAUUUCGUUCGUUUCGUUUUGCCCCCGCUUCUGGCGCUAUUGAGGAACGGGUGCUAGUACCCGCUUCCUCUAACCGUACACGGGUAACGGUUGUGCCAACGCAACAUAUGAAAGUAGCGUCUAUCCCCGAAGAUGCUCUACGCAAUUUUCCUGAUUGGUCUGUAUGGGCUGAUCGGUCUGUGCUUGUAGUCACUAUCAUUCACCUGAGUCUUACUCGGUUGGGUACCACUUGCCCAAAGAUGUCCAUCUGCGCAAUACCUGACGUGGCACCGCUUGAUGCUUACGCGAUGGAUAUUACGAAAACGAAUUGUCGCUCUCUAUUUGGUGAAUUUUCUGGGACUUGUCAUGACAACUUUUUUGGUGAAAAAUCCCACUCCAUCCUCUUCCCUUUGGCGUCCAGCAUAAAUGUCAUGGUCAAUCCUGUGGGUCUCACUCCGCCUACACCGAACUCUAGCCUGGAUUUCAUUGUCUCUGCUGGGUACCGUUUGCCACCAGGCGUGUUCCGAUGUCCAGCCGGCCUGUUCCCAUGCCCGUUGACAACGCAUCGUCUAAAAGAGUAUCCGCUGUCAUCUGUUGACUGGCAGCAGCGGAUAUGUCUGCCCUCUUCGCUGUGCUGCGACGGAGUGCCGAAUUGCCCCGAGUCUGACUUCGACGAGAUGAAUUGUGACCAACCGUGCUUCGCUCGCGCUAAUUCCUUCCCUCCAAUCGCCGGCGAAAAGGAGAAAGUGGAUGAAUAUUUGCGUCAGUUCAAUUGCGAUAUUCUUCGCUGGAUCGGUCACGACUGUGUGCUUAGUGCCACAACAACUGUUUAUAUGCUUGUGGCGCUUGGUGCGCUUGCUUUUCUCUGCGUGCUUGUCGCUACUGUUCUAUACAUCAUACGCAAAUCGAGAAUGGCAGCACAAUCCUUUCGGAUUCAGGAAAAAUCGGUUGAGUUACGACCUCCUAGUCGUUGUUCUUCAGCUGAUUCUAUGGAGAAACAGAAGGAGUUUAUGCUGCCCCACGAUAAACAGAACUCAGACCACGAGACGCUCACCACCGGAUAUUUACUGGAUGGUGUCGAGCGCACCGAUUUCCGCAUGCUUUCGUGAUAGCUUACAUGAUCUUAUGUUUUCAAUAAAAAUUAACCAACCUUCGCUAUUUAACUUACGAGAAUGGAAGGUUUUGCACCAUAAAGCACUGUUGUCAGGCAAUUUCCAAUGGCUAUAUUUGUGUGGAAUAUGUUCAG